CCAUGUGACAGAGCAAGGCAAGGAAGAACAAAAUGGCUGCGACGGGUGACGAAGCUGCCGCGAUGGACAGCAUCUCCAGGGUCCCGGUGAGCCAUCCAGCGGGGCUGAGCCUGGCCGGAGCCUCCAGCAGCCACGGGGAGGGAGCGGAGCCUGCUGCGGAAAGCCUGUUGUCGGUGCCCAAAAAACCCAGCACCAACAGUGAUGGUGGUGUUGAGACGGCAGAGGAAGCUGUGGAGCCUGCAGAGCCUGACAUAAACGAGCUGUGCACUGAUAUGUUUGAGAAGAUGGCUGUCUUCCUGCAAGGAGAACUCACAGCCACCUGUGAGGACUAUCGCCUCUUAGAGAAUAUGAACAAGCUGACCAGUCUGAAGUACAUGGAGAUGAAGGACAUCAGCAUCAACAUCAGUCGUAACCUGCAGGAUCUCAACAACAAGUAUGCAAGUCUACAGCCUUACUUGGACCAAAUAAAUCAGAUUGAAGAGCAAGUGUCUGCUCUUGAACAGGCUGCCUAUAAACUGGACACAUACUCCAAGAAACUGGAGGCCAAAUUCAAGAAACUGGAGAAGCGAUGAAGAGGAGGGUGACGGUUACAGCGCCUUUCUCACCGUCUUUCACCCUGCCAUGCCUCCCCUUUCUCUGCCAGAGCCAGGAACUGUGGGGAGGGUGUAAACUGAGACUGAAACAACAAAAAGCCAAACCCACUUUGACACAUAGAAACAACUGAAGACGAGCAGUUCAACGCACUUGAAGUGCUGCAGUGCUUCGGUUUUAUUAAGCCAGUAUUCACUGUUUCUGGCAUUAGUUGUGUACUCAAAGUGUAAGAAGGUAUACAGCAGAUACACUUUAUAUGGAAAUCCGCCUGUUACUUUAAUUAACCAUAUCUCCUUACCGUACUCACCUGUGAAACAACCACACACCACAGACUAUCAGAUUAUGAAUCUAACAAUUACUAUUGUAGCGUAGUAUAUAGGUAGUGUGGUGAAGCAUGUUAAUAGAUCUGUUGUUACUGGAAACAUCCCAGGUUUGAUGUAUGAUAUCAUGUAUGAUAUCCAACCUCUUGUCAGACCGAGCCCUACCUGCAAUUAGGUACUGUUGCAUAUUUCAUUCUCCCUCAUUAUUUGUCCUGGAGAAUGAAAAUUGAAUGUGCGCUUAAUCUAAUGGCUUUACAAUAGCUUCAUAUGUACAGUGAGAAAGUAAAAAAAAAAAUUCUAGCUGCCCAUAAUUCUAGCUCAGUAUGAACAGCACUACAUAGCGUUUUUCUUUUUAAGACUUUACUUUUCUAACAGCUACUGUGUAGAGGGCAGCUGAAAAUCACAUAUUUGUAUAGAGAACACUUUGAAAUGAACUUGAUGAAAAUUCUAUGAUAUUUGAUAUGAAUGAAUUAGUGUGUGUUUUAUCUGUGUUGGGUAUGUUAACAUGGAAAACUGUUCAAAGGGUUUUUGAAAUAAACCUUGCUAUGCUUAUGUA